AUGACGAUGGCGAGAUUCAACAGUCAAAAGAACUCAACUUUGAAGCUUGCCCGUCUUGCCAUGAUGAUUGGUCAAUUGGAAGAUCAAAUGCGCCUUGGAUGCGCCUAA